AUGGCUCCAUCCGCGGGUCCUGCCGGCAUGGCGCCGCCCUCCGCCGUGUCCAUGGAGGAGCUGGAGAAGCCUGUGAGCAGUGUCAAAGACAAAUGGAAGCUCUUGCCUUAUUUCCUGCAGCUUCGUGGACUUGUGAAGCAACAUAUCGACUCGUUCGACUACUUUACGUCUGUCGAUAUGCGUAAUAUCGUGCGCGCACAGGCCAAUAACGUUGUACGCAGCGACGCCGACCCUAAAUUCUUCCUACAGUACACGGAUAUUCAGUUGGGCGCGCCUUCCAUCGACGAAGAAGCCUUCGUGAGCGCCAGCGUCACGCCCCAUCAGUGCCGCCUAAGAGAUCGCACUUAUGCUGCGCCCGUCUACGUGAGCGUGCGUUACCGUCGCGGCAAUAAGAUUGUGACCAACAACAAGGUGCUUAUCGGUCGCAUCCCCAUCAUGCUGCGCAGCUCACGUUGCGUGCUUGCGGGCAAGAGUGAGGCUGCGCUGGCGAAGCUUAAGGAAUGUCCGUAUGAUCCGGGAGGUUACUUCAUCGUUCGUGGCGUGGAGAAGGUGGUGCUCAUUCACGAGCAGCUGUCCAAGAACAGAGUCAUCAUCGAGGAGGACGGUAAGCACAACGUGUGCGCCAGUAUCACGAGUUCCACGCACGAACGCAAGUCCAGAACCAACAUCUUCCUCAACAAAGGUCGCGUGUACUUGAAGUCGAACUCUUUCGGCAGUGACAUCCCUAUUGUCAUUGUUUUCCGAGGCAUGGGAGUGGAGAGCGACCAGGAGAUUGUCAGUUUAGUGGGCAGUGAGUCCGAUAUUUGCGACGCGAUGUCUGCAUCUUUUGAAGAAGCCUCGGAUCUGAAGGUCUUUACGCAGCAACAGGCACUCGAGUAUAUUGGAUCGAAGAUGAAUGCACUCACAAAGAUUGGAGCCACGGGAGGACGCCACCGUGGAGGUGCUGGAAGACCACAGAACGACCGCAACUUGGUCGAUGCUGCACGCUCUGCACUGGCCAACUUGGUGCUGAAUCACGUUCCGUGCGAGAACUUUAACUUCCGUCUUAAGAGUAUCUACGUUGCGCACAUUGUGCGUCGCAUCCUGUUUACAGACAAGGACCGAACGCGCUUGGAUGACAAGGAUUACUACGGCAACAAGCGUCUUGAGCUGGCAGGUCAACUGCUGUCCCUGCUGUUUGAAGACUUGUUUAAACGCUUUAACAGCGACUUGAAGCGACAGGCUGAUAUGGUGCUGAGCAAGCCGAACCGCGCGUCGGUGUUCGAUAUCCUCAAGUGUGUUCGCACAGACACAAUCACACAGGGUUUCUACCACGCACUUUCAACUGGUAACUGGACGCUGAAGCGUUUCCGUAUGGAUCGUGCUGGUGUCACCCACGUGCUCUCACGUCUUUCGUACAUGUCGGCGCUGGGUAUGAUGACGCGUAUCUCGUCUCAGUUCGAGAAAACGCGCAAGGUAUCAGGGCCGCGUUCGUUGCAGCCGUCUCAGUGGGGUAUGCUUUGUCCUGCUGAUACGCCUGAAGGUGAAGCUUGCGGUCUUGUGAAAAACUUGGCUUUAUUGUGCCAUGUGACGUCAGACGAGGAGCCUGCUCCGAUCAAGCGUCUUUGUUUCGACCUGGGGGUGACAGACGUCUCACUGAGCUCCGGCGAAGAGAUUAACCACGCGUCCAACUACCUUGUGAUGCUGAAUGGUGUGAUUAUUGGCACCCACGUGAACCCACGAGCUUUCGUUACACGCCUGCGUCGUAUUCGACGGGCCGGUCUUAUUGGAGAGUUCGUUUCCGUUAUGAUUCACGAUGUGCAGCGGGUUGUUUACAUUGCUUCCGACGGUGGUCGCGUGUGUCGCCCACUGCUGCUCAUUGAUCCUGUGACACAUCGUACUCGUUUAACACAGCGUCACUUAGACGAGCUGCGGGCUGGAGUGCGUGAUCUCAGCAGUCUCAUUGUCGAAGGUUGCGUGGAAUACGUGGAUGUGAACGAGGAGAAUAACUGUCUGGUGGCCCUGCACGAGAGUGAGAUCGGUGACCGUACGACUCACUUGGAGAUCGACCCAGUAACGAUCCUGGGUGUUGUGUCGGGCCUUAUCCCGUACCCGCAUCAUAAUCAGUCUCCGCGUAAUACCUACCAAUGUGCUAUGGGUAAGCAGGCUAUCGGUACGAUCGCCAUGAACCAAUUCGAGCGUAUCGACACGCUGCUUUACACCAUGGUCUACCCGCAAAUGCCCAUGGUGAAGACCCGGGUACUAGAUCUCGUGAAUUUCGACCGUGUGCCAGCAGGACAGAACGCCAUCGUUGCUGUUAUGAGUUACUCCGGUUACGAUAUCGAAGAUGCAAUCGUUCUCAACAAGGCUUCGUUGGAUCGCGGCUUUGGACGUUGUAUGGUUUUCAAAAAGUACCAGACUAUGAUUAAGAAGUACGCGAAUGGCUCAUACGAUCGUAUUGUGGGACCGCCCGAUUUCGACAGCCUGGCUGCCGCCGGUGGUGCUGGCAUGGGUUUUCGCAACGCCAAGUACUCGUCCCUGGACGCUGAUGGUAUCAGUCGUGUUGGUGGUAUUGUCCAGAAUGGAGCAAUUAUGAUUAACAAGGAGCAACCGACACAGUUUAACGACUCGGUUGACGGACGCGAUCCGCUGGAUGUGACGUACUCGCCCUCGCCGACAACGUACAAGGGACCGAUCCCAGCAUACGUGGACAAAGUGCUUCUGACUUCUUCUGAGGCCAACCAUUUCUUAGUGAAGGUGCUGAUUCGUCAGACACGGCGUCCAGAAAUUGGCGACAAAUUCAGUAGUCGUCACGGUCAGAAGGGUGUAUGCGGUACGAUCCGUAACCAGGAAGACAUGCCGUUCAACGACCAGGGUAUUUGUCCCGAUCUGAUUAUGAACCCUCACGGUUUCCCCAGUCGAAUGACUGUAGGCAAGAUGAUCGAGUUGAUUGCUGGCAAGGCUGGUGUCCUCACAGGCCGUCGUGCUUAUGGAACGGCUUUCGGCGAGAAAUAUGGCUCGGCUGAUCACGUAUUGGACUGCUCUCGUGAACUGGUGAAGAACGGCUUCAACUAUGCUGGCAAGGAUUAUCUCACGUCGGGUAUAACGGGUGAGGCGAUCGAGUGCUACAUCUUCAUGGGGCCGAUUUAUUACCAAAAACUUAAGCAUAUGGUGAUGGACAAGAUGCACGCGCGUGCUCGUGGUCCUCGUGCUGUCCUGACUCGUCAGCCAACUGAAGGUCGUUCACGUGAUGGCGGUCUGCGUCUCGGUGAAAUGGAACGCGACUGUCUUAUCGGAUACGGUGCCAGUAUGUUGCUCAUGGAGCGACUCAUGCUGUCCAGUGACGCUUUCAGCGUGGAUGUGUGCCAGGGCUGCCGUAUGCUGGGCUACGAAGGCUGGUGUCAGCACUGCAAGUCAGAGGAGAAGGUGGUGAGCAUCCGCAUUCCGUAUGCGUGUAAGCUGCUUUUCCAGGAGUUGCAGGCCAUGAACAUCGUGCCGAGACUGACGCUAAAGGAGUAUUAA